AUGGCUACUCAUAAAACUCGGUAUGGUCGUCAGAUACGCCCAACAGCUAAGGCCCUUGAUACCGCCUGGAAGGUCCUCGAAACCCCUAAGAAGGACGUCCGUAUACAAAUAGACAAUGAAUUUGACGAACCUGACACACUGGCAGUUCCUGAUGGUAGUCAACCCCGUGAACACUCGUCAUCCAGUGAACGAGCUACAUGUAAUUCCGUUGAAUUAAAGAAAGCUGAGCUGCGCCUUCGUUAUGAGACAAAAUGUGCUGAACUGGAGACAGAACAGAUUGAACUUGAAACACGCAAAUUGAAUAUUCAGAAACGUCUAGAAACCGCGCGUGCUAGUUAUGACCUGAAGGAACUUGAACUGAAUUCAAAAUCUGAUAGUGUGUCUAUGAUGACUAUAGACGAAUGUUUCGAGUUGCAUGAAAAUGUUUAUAAAGCUGAUGCGAAAGUGCAACCACCUGUACUAAGAUCUGCUACUAAAGUUGAUUCUUGGAUCCAGGAUCCCCAUCAUGAAAAUAAUUGUAGAUCUAAUCAUGAACAGCAGGAGGUGUAUAAACCACCUGCGCCUUUUCAGUCAAAUGUUCAGAAUCCUCCGUUUUUUGUUCACUACGGUCCAGGUUUGCCUGAGUUUAAGAUAGAAGUUUUUAGUGGUAAACCGGCUGACUGGCCUGAGUGGUUUCUGUCAUUCAAAAACCUCAUUCAUGAUAAUCCCGCAUUGACUGACGGGCAAAGGUUAGGCUAUCUUAAAACGUAUUUAGGCCAGGAGCCACGCAGCAAGGUAUUUGGUCUGUUACUGGACGCUAAGGAUUACCCCAAAGCAAUGACUGAACUUAGGGAUAGAUAUGGUAACCCAGCACUGGUAAUUGAUGGCUUCAUUAGAAAGGUACGCCAGUGGCCGAAGUUACGCGGUAUUUGCGAUUUGGGUACUUUUUUCACAAAUGUGUCUCAGUUGAUUCAAAUGUUUAAAGCCAUGGGCUACGAAGCAGAUUUACAAGCUAAAGGUCUCCUGUGUGAUUUGACUUCCAAAAUUCCGGACAGUAUGCAAGAAUCGUGGGGGAAUUGGGUAGUUAAGAAGGGCGAAGGAAACCCAACAGUUGAGUUGUUCUAUCAAUGGCUGAAGUCUAAAGAGAAUGCUUUGCGUUUUACAUCGUUGUCGUCAAAUCCGCCGUGUUAUCAGAGUAUUGACAAGUCUAAGAAGGGACAUGAGGUGAAGAAAACGGUAACCACAUUGACUACACCCUAUACCCAGGUUAAGAAAUACUGUGUCUUUUGCAAUGGUGAACAUUGGCUGGACUCAUGCGCUAAAUUUUCCCGUAAAACGCCAAGUGAGCGUCUAGCCUGGUUUAAGGAAAAGGGCAGAUGUUUUCUGUGUACCAAAACUACCCACAGGUCUAGUGGAUGUUUCCUCAAGAUAAGAUGCAAAGUGAAAGAUUGCGGCAAAUCGCAUGCUACCAUCCUUCAUGAAGCUUUUUUGGCUCCUAAGCUGGCUCAAAGUAGUUUCUCAUCAGAUCACACUAAAGCAGGUGUGCCAAAGGAGGGAAGCAAGCCAGACGUCCAUUCCGUUGGUGUUGGUUUCAUGAAAAAAGGAAAAUCAGUGGUAUAUCUACAGACAUUGCCGGUGCGAAUUCACACUCCCAGUGGACAGGUCGUUGAUACAUACGGGUUACUUGAUAGUGGUAGUCAGGCUACACUCAUACAAGAAGAUUUUGCAAAAAGUAUUGGUUUGAAAGGUCCCUCAUCAAAGUUACGCGUGUGUGGCGUUGGUGGCAAGCUAUCAGAACAACAGUCCAAGUGUCUAUCGUUUUGGUUGAGUGAUCCCAAAAAUGAUUCCAAACCACUAAUUAGAGUAAAAGAAGCGUGGACUUUCAGUGAGCCUUUUAGUCUUUCGGUUCAUGCUGGUAACAAUGCAGAUUUCUCAUCCUGGCCACAUGUACAACAUUUGAACUUGGAACAUGCGCCUGACUCGCUAGACAUAAAGGUUUUGAUAGGGGUUAAUGUUACCAAGGCCCACACACAACUAGAAGUUCGGGAAGGCCCUGUAGAUCUGCCAAUCGCCGUACAUACCCCCUUGGGAUGGACUGUAAUGGGUGUGGAUCGUACUCAACCUGAUAGUUCUGGUAAUGAACAUGAUGUGAGUGUCAACAACUUUCUGAUCAACAAGAUCACCGACUUGGAACAGAGUGUUGAACGGUUCUGGAAAACCGAAAGCUUUGGUACUCUCGAUGCAACAGAUGUCCCCUAUUCAAUGGAAGAUAAAAGAGCACAGGACGCGCUUGACACAACAACACGUAUUACAGAGAACGGUCAUUAUGAAGUCAGCAUGUUAUGGUCGAAACCUCCGGAUCUUGUAGAUAAUAAGCCACAAGCAGAGCGCCGCUUUGAACAAUUGCAACGUAAACUGAACAACAACCCUACUUUUCGCGACAAGUAUAGAGAUGUGAUCAAUAAGUAUAUUUCUAAGGGCUUUGCACGUAAACUAUCCCCGGAAGAGGUUAGUCAAUCGAGUGACCGUACACAUUACUUGCCACACCAUGGAGUUGUCAAUCCAAAAAAGCCUGACAAAUUGAGAGUAGUGUUCGAUGCUGCUGCUGUGUAUGCAGGUUCUAGUUUGAACGAUCACUUGUUAGUGGGUCCUGAUCUGCUAAAUAAUUUGAUCGGAAUUUUGAUGAGAUUUAGAUGUGGUCCCAUAGCAAUCUCCGCCGAUGUAGAAAGUAUGUUUCACAUGGUCUUGGUUCCCAAAGAUGACAGGGAUGCUCUCAGGUUUCUUUGGAAAGAUGACUUAGAAAGUGAUGAUCCUCCUGAUGUAUACCAAAUGGUCGUGCACAUAUUCGGUGCAAAAUCAUCUCCAUGCUGCGCCAAUUACUGCUUGCGCCGCUGUGCGUUGGACCACAUCGAUAAGUUUAGUCCCUUGGUGAUUGAUACUGUGUUGCACAACUUCUAUGUUGAUGACAUGCUGAAAGCUUUGUACAAGUGUACAAUUGAAGAAGCUAUUGAUCUUGUUGUGGAGCUAAUUAAGAUCACUGCUUCAGGUGGUUUCAAAUUGACAGCUUGGGCUUCAAAUUGUCCAGAAAUUUUGAGCGCUUUGAAAGAUCUGGAUGAUAGCCUGGGAAUCUCAACGGUUGUAGAUUUGAACCUGGAUGGUACGCACUCUCGCAGAACACUUGGUAUCAAUUGUGAUAUGAAAUCGGAUGUGUUUUGCUUCGAGUCAAUUGUGAUUCAAAAUGUCUGCACCAAACGAGGAAUCAUGAGCAAAAUCAGUUCCGUAUUUGACCCUUUGGGCUUGUUGUCACCGUUCGUUCUCAGGGCAAAGUUGAUAAUGAAGAGUCUCUGGGAGAAAGGUUACGGUUGGGAUGACAUUGUAAGUGAUGCGGACUCCAGUGAUUGGACCCGAUGGUGUGAAGAGCUAAGUGAGCUCCCGGGUCUUCAUAUCCCUCGAUGUUACUGGCCAUGUGAGUUUGUACCGGAAACGUUCGUGUUGCAUACCUUCUGUGAUGCGUCUGAGUUUGCGUUCGCGGCCUGCUCAUACUUGUUUGUAUCAUCAGAAAGUGGUGAAUUGUACGGAUCUCUUGUCAUGUCAAAAACUAAGGUUGCUCCUUUGAAGGACCGAUGUCUUACGAUGCCACGUCUUGAACUCCAAGGGCUGGCUCUCCGGCCGGGAAUCGAACCCGGGUCUCCCGCGUGA